UUUUGAAUAAAUUUAUUAUGGCUAGUAAAGAAGCUCUCGCUGAUCUGAGAAGGAAGUCUAUGCGAAUUAUACAGCAGGAAGAGAAUGCAGCAGCAAAUAUGCAUAGGAGUUCAAAGAAGAAAUUAGGAAAUGACCCAACAUUUGGCCUCACCGGAGUUGAUCAUGGAGGAGCUAAAACUGGAGGCAGAACUAUCAAUGAGACUGCCUCCGGAUGUCUUAUAACUGAAGAAGAUGUAAAGAACAGAUCUAUGUAUGAAAAGAGUCCUUUUGGCCUCAGCAUCGGUAGGAUUGACAAAAAGUACGAUCAUUGGAAAACAGUCAAAGAAAGAAAGGAAAAACAAGCCCAAGAGUUUGAAUCCCAGAUGGAAAAAUGGAAGAAUAAAGAAAAGACUCGGGAAAAGAGCUAUAACAAGUAUCUCAAAGCAGAGAGAGAAAAGAAGAAGACUCAAUUUCACAAAUGGAGUGACAAAAGACAAACUGCCAAGAAGUACCACGAAAGAACUCUCAAAGACAAGGAAGACUCUGGCUACUUAUUGUACAAGAAAGAAAUGAGAGAAUUUAAGAAGAAGCAGAAAGAAAAAGCUGAAAAGGAAUACGAGAAAAUGAAAGAAGAUAUGAACACUACCUUCAUGGUAGCUGGUGUCAAAGAAGAGAAACAAAGGAUCAGGAGCCAGCAAAGAGCCCAACAGGAAUAUGAUGAGAGCAAAAUGAUGCUCAGAAAUCUGGAUAAUAAGGUCCAAACAGUUACUAAUAGGCUAAAUGAUAAUUUUAAGAAAAGGAUCGAGACCUUGAACAACCAGAAUACUAGAACUCAGGAAAUCAAGGUCAAGAUGAAUCAGUAUGAGGAAGAGAAGAAGGAGAAGCAUUUCCUGGAGUAUCUCAAUAAGCAGAUGGACUAUAUGAAAAGAAUGAAGAAGCUCAAGAAGGCACAUAAAAAUAAAAUUGUAGAUAAGCAAAACAAGUCUGUAGAUAUUAGGAAUACUGUAAAUAACAAUAAAAAGUCCAAAGCAUUAGAAUUAGAGGCUUUUAAAGAUAAGGUCAAAGCCAAACACAGGAAGAUCCAUAAUAGUGUGAGCAAAGAGCAAAACGACUUCUCUCUUUCAGAGAAGGUCUCUAUAACUAACCAGAAGAGACAUCGCCAUCAUCUGAAGAUAAAGAACCAUCAGAAGAAACUUCAAGAGAAGUUCAAGCAGAGCAUUAUUGACAAGCACCUCACUAAGACGAGGCAUAAGGAGAUUUUACAGAAGAAGAAAGCUGACCUGAUGGAGUUCUCCCUACUCAAGCAGAAAGAAGUCUUGUAUGAGAGAUAA